AUGAAGCGCAAUGGCAUAGACCUCACUGAGGAACUGAGAAUGCAAGGGUGGGAAACUUAUUUCCAAAGACUCUAUGGUCCUGUCUACACCUAUCUGGUCAAGGAGUUCUGGCGCUUCGCAGACGCAGAUGAUCACUACAUCGUCUCAUAUGUUUUGGGGGUCAAGAUGGUAAUCACUGAGAAAUCCAUCGCCUCCCUUCUGAACAUGGAGAAAACAGGGGGAAGAAGAAUCUACAGCAUCAACCCUAGGGAAAAGUAUUUGUCCCAGGAUAUUGGCCCAACCAUCUUUCAACAGAACGCUGAAGAAGCCACCAUUCCACCUCCUGAACAACAAAAUCCACCUCCAUUUGAACAACCUCAAACACCACCCCCUGAACAACCAGCAACUCCACCCUUUGAACAACAACCAAGUCCACCACCUGAACAAACAACAACAUCACCCUCUGAUAUCCCCACCAUACCACCCUCUGAGUACAUCAUCAUCACUACUCCUCAAACUCCCACUGACGCCACCCAAACACCACCCUCAUCUACAUCCCCUAACCAAGAACCAGAACCUGCCUUCCCCACCUUAGAAGAAGCAAUUACGUUAUUUGCAGAGUCUUUAAUGGAGAAGAUCAAGUCUCUGUAUGUAAACUCUGGCAUCAAUGAUGAUCCCUCUAUAGUGAGGAUUCACUAG